GAAUAAACCAGAUUCAAUAGACUAUACCCAUAUACACCAAUAGGGAAGAAGGAGAAGAAGUGAGGCUCUGGAACUACAAAAGCUCAAGAGAGACCAUAGAACUACUCCUUAAUAACAAUAACUCAAUCAGUGUGACAGUGGAGGUGAAUGCCACAAAUUUGAAGGGUUUGACAGCCAUGGAUGUGGUGGAUACAGUCAUAGAAAGACCCAAGGAUCUCCACCUGAAAGAAACGUUUCAACGUCCUGGGGCACUUGGUGCCCAACAUGCUAACACUAUCUCCACAGCUUCUCUUCAACAGGUUGCAAAAACUGAACAAGCCAAGAAUGUACGUCAACGAGAAUCUUCCAACGAUUUGGUCAACAACUUCAAGUAUCAAAAGGAAAGAGAUUCACCCCAUGUCGCACGUAAUGAACUGCUAGUGGUGGCUGCUCUGAUUGCCACGGUCACAUUUCAAGCAGGCGUGGACCCUCCAGAUGGCAUCCUGAAAGGGAAUUCAAACUCCUCUGAUUUGGAAACUAAUGCUAUAACAUUUUUUUUUGUGUUUGCAAACACCUUGGGGCUUACUGCGGCUCUCAGUAUCAUAACUUAUCUCACUAUUGGAUUUCCAUUCCAAAGGGAGCUUUUGAUUUCUAUGGUUUCGAUGAUAGUUGCCUAUGGAUUUGCAAUAGCCAGUAUCACGAAAGGAAUUGUUCCUUAUGCCCUUUUGGCAUCUGCCUUCGUUAUAACUUUCUUCCAGAGGUGGGUGAUUAUAUGGGGAAGAAAAAUUCGGAAGGCUGGAGCCAAACUUCCGCUGACCAGUAACGAUGACGGUGGAUCUGGAACCAAUGUUGAAAAAUAAACUUGUUUUAGAGUUUUAUUAUGUUUUUAAGGUGUGUUAAUAA